GUUGUCAGCAUUACAGGCUUUUAGAUAAUAAACACUUUGGCGUAAGUAAAUUACAGGCUGAACCAUAAAAGGUGUGUGAAGUCGGGGGUGUUGACCGAUUAUUUUUUGCCAUCAGUCCUAGACAUUAGACGUGUUUACCGGUUAGACAAUAGACAGCGUCAAUUAUUUUUUUCAUUUUAUAUUUUCAAAUUGAAACUAUUCCAACCGAGGUGGACCGACUAGCCUACAACAUUCUGCGUCGAUUGGUUAAAACAAUAUCAGAUCAACAGGCCCAAGAGCCAAAGUCCAAUUAACUCGGUCUGCUGACACUGGCGUGAUGGGGUUGGUGUUUACGACCCCUCACUUGUGUUUCCUACACUCCCGUUCAAAGACGAGUAGGGGGAGGCAGCCCCAGCAUCCACACGCUGUUCGCUCUGCCUCUACUGGUUCGUGUUGGUGGUGGGACCUCCUGAGCGCCCGUCGACCCACCAGCAUCUGAUGGUGAUCCGCGCUUCACGCACACAGCAGCAGCAGCGGUCGCGGAGGGGGGGGCGGUGCAGAAAGGACGCGCGGCGUGGAGAGGAGGACGGCGCUGCUCCAUGAGUGCGAUGCUCCCUCCAUCAGUGUGAUGCUCCCUUGUGUUGGAGUGUUCGCCGAGAGAGGACCGCAUAGUACGUUGAGAACCUCGCCGUACGCUUCGACUGUAGCCCACGCUGCUGAUCAUCGGGAGGAAGUCUAAAUAGCCAACCCUCCCCCCUCCCGGUCCAGAAGAGCCGUUCUGAAUCUUCAUCCCCCCCCACGUCCCCCCCCCCCACACACACCACACACAGCAGCACACAGCGAACCAUGACCGAGGAGGGGCACAACCUGCCCCCGUCCUCCCCUCCUCCCCCCCCGACCCAGAGGAGCCCGGCGCCCCCGCCCCCGCCGGACCAGGACCCGGGCGGGACUGAGGGGGAGCGAGGGACGGGGGACAGGGGGAGGACAGCCCACAGGGGAGACGGUCCCGCAGGGAGGAGAGGAGGGAGUAAGAGAAGAGGAGGAGGAGGAGGAGGGGACGAGAGACGGCCCGGGACGGGAGGCCGAGGGACCCGGGCUUGAGAGCGAGGGGACAAGCGAUGGCCCGGAACGCAAGGGCCCAGAACAGGAGGGCACGGGACAGGAGGCCUCUGUGGAGGGCCGGGACUCGAGGGCCCUGUGGAGGGCCCUGCAGAGGGCCAGGGGUGCGAGGCCACUGCAGAGGGCCAGGGGUGCGAGGCCCCUGUGGAGGUCCAGGGGUGCGAGGCCACUGCAGAGGGCCAGGGGUGCGAGGCCCCUGUGGAGGUCCAGGGAUGCGAGGCCCCUGUGGCGGUCCAGGGGUGCGAGGGCCCUGCAGAGGGGGAGACGACGGGAGGAGCGGAGCAGACGGAGGUGGUCAAGGACGGAAAGGAGGGAAACGGGACCGGAGCUCAGGAGAGCCGGCCUCAGCCUCCACAGGCAGAGCGGCUAGAGAAUGGGAUAGAGGAGCAGGAAGAGGACGAGGACGAGGAGGAGCAGGAAGGAGCAGGCCAGCCGCUGCCCACGCUGGCCCACCUGGACGCCUUCAGCUCCAACUUCGAGUCCUCGGUAGAACAGGCCGUCACAGAGGUGGUGGGGGGGGAGGAGGAGGAGGAGGAGGAGGAGGAGGAGGAGGAGGAGGUCGGCGAGGCCCAGCCUUUAGGGCCCGCAAGUCAGACCCAGGACAGCUUCAGCUCCACCUUCUAGAGGAGAUCGUUGAGCAGGUGGACGGGCGGGAGGAAGAGGAGGAGGAGGAGGAGGAAGAGGAGGGGAGGGAGGGACCCGGGCGAGGGGGACGGGCGGGGGGCAGCAGGGACGGCUUCAGCUCCACCUUCGAGCGCAUCGUGGAGUCGGCGCUGCUGCGGGGCGGGACCUGCUACAGCAGCCUGGACUCGCUGGACGUGCUGUCGCUCAACGACGAGACGGACAGCUGCGUGAGCUUCGAGGCGCCGCUGACCCCGCUCAUCCAGCAGAGGGCCUUCGCCCAGGGGCCCGAGCCGCUGGAGCCCGAGCUGGCCACCGUGGAGGAGCACGAGGGGGCCGAGGGCGGGGAGGUCUGGGGCAGGACGGACCCCCCCGGGCACGGCGCCGGGGCGGGGAGCCCCCUGCGGACCACCAUCCCGGGGAGCCGGUCGGAGUGUGUGCUCAGCCAGCCCGGGCGCUGGGACACGGCCAACGGAUACCACACGGACCCCCGCGGGGCCCCGGAGGAACGCUCUGGAGCCCUUGGGACCGCCGGCAGUGAUACGGACCUCACGGAUGGGCUGUCGGAGACGGACGACUGCGAGCCGGAGCGUCUGGAGCGCGUCGGCAGCACAGACACGCUGGCCAACGGUUGCCGUGCCGACUGUGAGGCCGCCCGGCGCCUGGCCAAACGCCUCUUCCACCUGGAGGGCUUCAAGCGCUGCGACGUCGCCCGACACCUCGGCAAGAAUAACGACUUCAGCCAGCUGGUGGCGUCCGAGUACCUGAGCUUCUUUGACCUGUCGGGCCUGUCUCUGGACAGGGCCCUGAGGAUGUUCCUGAAGGCCUUCCCUCUGAUGGGGGAGACCCAGGAGAGAGAGAGGGUGCUGGUUCACUUCUCCAAGCGCUUCUGUCACUGCAACCCCCAGAUGGCGUCGUCCGAAGGCCAGGGUGACGAAGAGGAGGACAGCGAGCGCGACGAAGACGGAGCUCACACAUUAACCUGCGCCCUGAUGCUGCUGAACACCGACCUGCACGGACAUAACAUCGGCAAGAAGAUGUCCUGUACGCAGUUUAUCGGCAAUCUGGACGGCCUGAACAACGGAAAAGACUUCCCCAAAGAAUUAUUAAAGGUGCUGUACAACUCAAUCAAGAACGAGAAACUGGAGUGGGCGAUGGAGGAGGAGGAGCUGAGGAAGAGUCUGUCGGAGCUGGUGGAGGAGCAGUGCGAGGGCGGCACUAAGCGCGUUGCCAGGGUAACGGACGGCCAUAACCCCUUCAUUGCCAUCCCCAUCCUGCUCAACGCCGUGACGUACAAACACGGCGUGCUGAGCCGCAAGAGCCACGCCGACAUGGACGGCAAGCGCACCCCGAGGGGUCGUCGCGGAUGGAAGAAGUUCUACGCGGUUCUGAAGGGGAUGAUCCUCUAUCUCCAGAAGGAUGAAUAUAAGCCGGACGCCGAUCUGUCGGAGGCGGACCUGAAGAACGCGGUCCGGAUCCACCACGCCCUGGCCACGCGCGCCACCGACUACAGCAAGAGGCCCAACGUGCUGAAGCUCAAGACGUCCGACUGGAGAGUGUUCCUGCUGCAGGCCCCGAGCGAGGAGGAGAUGAUGUCGUGGAUCUUCCGGAUCAACCUUGUGGCGGCGCUCUUCUCUGCGCCGGCCUUCCCCGCCGCCAUCGGCUCCAUGAAGAAGUUCUGCCGGCCGCUGCUGCCCUCGUCGGGGACCAGGCUCAAGCAGGAGGAGCAGCUGCUGAGUCACGAGAGCAAGUUGCAGCAGAUGAGCCAGGAGCUGGAGGAGCACCGGAAGAGCCCGCCCUCCCCCGACCCCAAGAGCCGCGCCUGGGAGGAGUACCGCAUCAAGGAGCACUACCUCACCUACGAGAAGGGGCGCUACGAGAGCUACAUGGGGCUGCUGCAGGCCAAGCUGCGGGCGGAGACGGACGACCUGGAGAAGAUCGAGGCCAGCGUGAUGCUGGCCACGGGGGCCGAGGUGCCCCGCGCCGGGGGGGCCCUGCUCCGCAAGACCCAGUCCUCGCCCUCCAUCAGCCAGCACGCCCAGGGGCCCCCCAACGGCCGCGCGUCCGGUCGCACCGGCCCCGGGCAGCGGAGCUGAACCGCCCCCCCGUCCCACCUUCCUCCUCCGCCUCCCCCAUCAUCAUUAUCAUCAGGGCCAACCCCCCCACUCUGUUAAAUGAGCGCUGAGCAGUGACAUCAUGGAUGAACAACCUUUCGUCGUGGAGUCUCCGUCUCCACGGUGAUGCUCCCUGAGCAAAAUAUGAAGAACGCUCCCCCCCCCCCAUCGUCUGAAGAGAAGCCCCCCCCCCUCCCCUUAUGGACGCAUGUCCCACGUGAUCACUGCGGAUCUAUAACUCUGUCUGAAACCACGUCGUCAGUAUUAUUUGUGCAGCAGCCUCUGCCCCCUUCUUUGUAGAAGCAGAUUUAAGUUACGAUAUUUUUUUAUGUUUGGAUUUUGGACAGACCACAAGCGAAUAACUGUAGCAUUUUGUCUCGUCCCCGCUCACCUGCUUGUGUGUGGCCACGUGCGUGCGUGUGUGUGUGAACACGUGUGAAUGUGUGUGUGUGUGUGUGUGCAUGUGGGUGUGUGUAUGUGUGUGACUGCGUGAUGUCAACAAUCUUAUGAAAGAACUACAACAAUGGCUGCUCUCUGGAAGAACUUCGGGACAUUGAAGUACGACCCCCCCCUUCUGGGCGGAGCCUAUUUAUUUAUUUAUUUCAUAUCGUGGAGACUUUGUCGACCCGCGAUCGGAUUGGCUCACGCGUCCCGGCUCUUCUAUUUGAUUGACCCUUACGCACAUGAACCACCCAGAACAAUCUUUGGCCACAGCCACACAUUCCUGCCUUGCUUGAAAUCACCUGCACUCUAUAUACCACUGUUUAGAACGUGUCGUUGAAGCUUGUGAAAUGUUCCUGGUUCUCACAAUGUAAUGACCCAGACCUGCAGAGUGGCUUUGUCAUAACGUCUGGGGUUGUGUUUCUGCAGCCUUGAUGUACAGCAGCAAUAUGCAUUCUACUCUUCUCACUCCUGACUCCAGAAUCAUGUGAAUCUGACAGGGACUCAGAGCGGUCUGUGGGUUCUAAUUUGGAUAAAGAGAUCCCUCUGCCGUGGACUUGUUUUAUUUUGUGUAGGUCACGGUGGUCAGCGUCGUGGAGGAAGGAAGCAGCUGAGCCCCGGGUGGGCCAGAGACCCCCUGAGACUUCCUGGAGGUCUCUGCUCAGCUUCAUCGAACAGGAAACUCACGUGUGGAAGGCCUACGAUUGAACCCGGACAAAAGUGUGUGCUUCUGGAUGGUGUUUAUGUGCGAUGUUUUGUGUGGGUGUUCUGUUUACGCCCCCGUGGGUUUUGUGUGUGCAAACAUCUUUGCGUGUGUGUGUGUGUGAUUGAGAGAGAAUGCACACACUGCAUGUAUGCAUGCCAUUAAGUGCUUGCAGUUGAGACAGGGUUUCUACAGACGGAACAGGGUGGUAACAUCAGGGAACCAGGGUUUCAUUCUUUUGUAAGAUGACAUGUUUGAACCUCUAUUCAGCAUGUGUACGUGUGAAGUAGGACUUCUUACAGAAACGUAAAAUGGUUUACCGCCAGCUACAUAACACAAAUCAACUCGCUGAUCAAACGAUGAAAGACCUCACCGCCGUCAGUCCCCACAGACCCGGUGUGUUUCUCCUUCUGUGCGGAGACGUUUGGAGACCGCUGUCGGACACGUCUAUUCAUUAGAGUGUCUUGUCCGAGGACAUUGGGGUGCAGACCGCGUUUCGCUGGCGGUAUUUUGCGACGUUACGACGGCGUCAGAGUGUAGAGGUCAAGGCGUGGAGCGGGUGUUUUUUUACGGUCGUCUGGUUGGUUGGUUUAGCAGCGGGCCUGCUGAUCAGACUGGCGAGGGUGACCUAUCUCUGGGGAUCCACCGACGGCGUUACCACAGACACCAGCUCUUCAUCAUGGCGAGGAGGAGGAGGGCGGACCUUUGCUUCUGACGAGGAAGGAGCUCUUUUAUAGACAAAGGGGGGACCUGGGACACAUUGAGUCUCUUCUUGUUUUUUUGUUUCUUUGUACCAAGCUGGUUUUCAAAGUGUUUUCGGUUUGGAAGCUGACCUCUUCUGAUCGAGAGGCGAUGGGGUGGGCUGGGGUCUGAAGGUACUGCAAUUGAUAAGCACCUUAACUGAUCACCGUCGCUUUUACAUACGCACACACACACACACACACACACACAGGUAUGAUUCUCUUAUGAAUAUAGCUUUGACACAACUGUAGAUCGGCUCAGCUUAUGCCCCCUCUACCCCAACCCUAGCCCCCCCCCCUCCCCACCUGCCACUGGCCCCCAUGGACAGGAGAGGGAGUUGGACACCUGGGCCUGGUGGAAGCUAUGGCACUUACCCUCCGACUCUAGGCUUCUCUGAGGCGGGGGGAUUGGACGGUGAAUAAACAUUACAUCUGGAUUCUGAUGAGUCGCUGGACCACAUGGUUUGUAUAUUCCAGUCGAAGAGUCGCCAGAUCUCCCGAACGGACCUUCUCCCCUUUUCUAAAGCGGACUCGUAAGAAUAUAUAUAUAUAUGUACAUAUAUAUAUAUACACCCCUUGUAGUCACUUUGGCUGUCGUGCUAGGGUAGGCCUGUGCUGUAACAUAGAUUGUGAGCGAAAAAAUAAUAUUGAAACUGUUGAUUUGUUUAUUUAAGGAAAUGACAACUAAGGCGCUUCGAUGUCACCGUUGAACAUACUUUUUGUUCUUUAUUUGGUUGUCCAUUUGUUUGUAUAUCCGAUGUGUUUCCGGCCUGGAUACCGAACUAAUGUAAAGGACAUAUUUACUGGGUAGUCCGUGCUUCAUAAAGUAAGCUUUUAUACA